UUUAAUUAUUUCUCAAAGUGUGUGACUAAAUGCGCAAUUCCAUUGCUAUUAUUUCUUGAGAAAAUGCAUGGCAGCACUGACAUCAACCCCUCGCCAUCUCCGAACACUCGCACUGAACCACCUCUCGACCAAUGAAACCACCAUCAUCCACCACAUCUCCUCCACACUCGACGCCUGCUCGCAACCUCACCAUCUCCUCCAAGCCCAAGCCCUCCUCCUCUCCUCCGGCCUCCUCUCCUCCCACUCCCUCGCCGCCAAGUUCAUCCUCUCCGCCUCCUCCAUUGGCCACCUCCACCAUGCCCACAACCUGUUCGACCAAAUUCCCCAACCAAACGUCUUCCUCUACAACACCCUCAUCAAGUCCCACUCCCAUCACGGAUCCUUCUCCACCAUCCUCCAUUUAUAUGCCCAGAUGCUCUGGCGAGGCAUCACCCCGGAUGGCUUCACUUUUCCGGCUGUCCUCAAGGCUUGCGGCGCUCUUCGUGAUGUUCGAACCGGUCUUUCUAUUCACUGUCAUCUGCUACGUCUUGGCUUCGAGUCUGAUGUUUUCAUUCUCAAUGGUCUCAUCGCAAUGUACGCUAAAUCCGGCGCCAUUGCCGUUGCGUGCAAGCUGUUCGACCAUUUGCCUGAGAGAAAUGUUGUUUCUUGGACUUCAGUCAUUUCAGGGUGCGCUCAGAAUGGGCUACCUCUGCAUGCGCUGAGAUUGUUCAGAGACAUGCGUUGCUCUUCGGAUGUGAAGCCGGAUUUUGUAUCACUUGUUAGUGUUCUGAAAGCAUACACUGAUGUUGAAGACUUGGUGCAUGGGAGCUCAGUUCAUGGGUUGGUGAUCAAGGGUGGGUUUGAGGAUGAGCCAGACUUGUUGAUCACUCUCACUGCAAUGUAUGCAAAGUGUGGGUGUGUGCUUGUGGCUAAGUCUCUGUUUGAUUGUGUCCUUGAACCAGAUGUGAUUCUUUGGAAUGCUAUGAUUUCUGGGUAUGUGAAGAAUGGUUGUUGUCAUGAAGCUGUGGGGCUUUUCAGGAGCAUGAUUGCAAGCAAUGUGAAGCCGGAUUCAAUAACGAUACGAUCGGCAAUUUCGGCUUGUGCUCAAGUUGGAUCUUUAGAUUUUGGGAAGUGGAUGGGGGAGUACACUGCAAAGAGUGAGUACAGUAAAGAUGUGUUUGUGAACACUGCUCUCAUCGAUAUGUAUUCGAAGUGCGGGAGUUUAGCUCGAGCGCAUCAAGCGUUUGAUCGCAUUCCUUGCAAGGAUGUGGUUGUUUGGAGUGCACUAAUAAUUGGAUACGGAUGGCACGGCCGUGCGCACGAAGCUAUUGAAGUCUUUACCAGAAUGAGAGAUGCAGGUGUUCGACCAAAUGAUGUUACAUUCAUUGGGCUGCUUUCAGCGUGUAAUCAUGCCGGUUUGGUCGCUGAAGGUUUGAAGUAUUUCUACCUAAUGAGAGAGUUCGGCAUUGAAGCGAGGCAUCAGCAUUACGCAUGUGUUGUCGAUCUUGUUGCCAGAGCAGGGGGUGUCGAGGAGGCAUAUGAGUUAAUAAAGAGCAUGCCUAUGGAGCCUGCGGUGACAGUGUGGGGGGCAUUGUUGAAUGCUUGUAAUAUAUACGGUAAUGUUGAACUCGGGGAGAUUGUUGCGGAUCGUAUUUUUGCAGUAGAUCCUAAGAAUGCAGGACAUUAUGUGCAGCUUUCGAAUAUAUAUGCAUCGGCAGGGAUGUGGAGUAAUGCUGCUAAAGUGCGAGUGAUAAUGAAGGAGAAAGGUGUGACUAAAGAUGUUGCUUGUAGUUUGAUUUAAGAGGGUUUGUUUGUUUGGAGGUAAAGUUGGAUUGUUAUGUAAUGUAAAUCUAGUUAUAGGCUUAUACGGGAAAACUCACAUUUUUUUUCGAAGUGAUGUUUAAUUGUAACUUGAGUUGCAGUUGAGAGUUAAACUACUCAUGCAAUUCGGCUUUAGAUAGA